CCGGAAGUAAGCGGCGCAACGCCGGAAGCACAAGGCAGAAGGGUCCUGCUGGAGGAGUCGGCAGCAUGGGGCAGUCGGGGCGGUCCCGGCACCAGAAGCGUGCGCGCGCCCAGGCUCAGCUCCGCAACCUCGAGGCCUACGCCGCGCAGCCGCACUCGUUCGUGUUCGCGCGGGGUCGCGCGGGUCGCGGAGUCCGGCAGCUCAGCCUGGACCUGCGUCGGGUCAUGGAGCCCCUGACCGCCACCCGCCUGCAGAUACGAAAGAAAAACACUCUGAAGGAUUGUGUGGCAGUGGCUGGCCCCCUUGGGGUCACACACUUCUUGAUCUUGAGUAAAACGGAGACCAACAUCUACUUUAAGCUGAUGCGCCUCCCAGGAGGCCCCACCUUGACCUUCCGGAUCAACAAGUACACAUUAGUGCGUGACGUCAUCUCCUCAUUGCGCCGCCACCGCAUGCACGAGCAGCAGUUUGCCCACCCGCCCCUCCUGGUGCUCAACAGUUUUGGCCCCCACGGCAUGCACGUGAAGCUCAUGGCCACCAUGUUCCAGAACCUGUUCCCUUCCAUCAAUGUGCACAAGGUGAACCUCAAUGCCAUCAAGCGCUGCCUUCUCAUCAAUUACAAUCCCGACUCGCAGGAGCUCGAUUUCCGUCAUUAUAGCAUCAAAGUCGUUCCUGUGGGCGCAAGUCGUGGGAUGAAGAAGCUUCUACAGGAGAAGUUUCCCAACAUGAGCCGUCUGCAGGACAUCAGCGAGCUGUUGGCCACGGGCGCCGGGCUGUCCGAGAGCGAGGCCGAGCCGGACGGCGAGCACAACAUUACAGAGCUGCCCCAGGCUGUGGCGGGGCGCGGCAACAUGCGGGCCCAGCAGAGCGCUGUGCGGCUCACUGAGAUUGGGCCUCGGAUGACGCUGCAGCUCAUCAAAAUCCAGGAAGGCGUGGGGGAGGGGAACGUGCUGUUCCACAGUUUCGUGCACAAGACAGAGGAGGAGCUGCAUGCCAUCCUGGCAGCCAAGGAGGAGAAGCUGCGGCUCAAGGCCCAGAGGCAGGACCAGCAGGCCCAGAACGUCCAGCGCAAGCGGGAGCAGCGGGAGGCACACAAGAAGAAGAGCCUGGCAGGCAUGAAGCGGGCACGGGCAGGGGCCGAUGAGGAUAGCGAUGCUGAGGAUCCUGGUGUCGCCCCAGAGACAGAGGGGGCUGGCCAGCGGGAGGAAGAGGAGGACGAAGCUGAGUAUUUCCGCCAGGCGGUGGGAGAGGAGCCUGAUGAGGACAUGUUCCCGAAGGCAGCCAAACGAAGACGGCCUGCUGGGCCCCCAGGCAAGAAGCAGCGAGGAAAGGAACGGAGGCCAGGCACGGACUACAGGCCUCCAAAGGCCAAGGGCGGGCCCCAGCGGGGCCAGGCCAAGCUGGGCCACAGAGGAGCUGCCUGGGACCGCAGGGGAGGCCAAGCACGGCCACCUAAGAAAGCAGGGUGAGGCCAAGCUGGAGCACCGGUUGGAAUGCCCCAAAUUGGGGCCCACAAGACUCUGCCUUGGGCUUCCGCCUGGACCUCUAGGUGCAGGCCUGGGUUUCCUUUCAUAAAGGAGCUGUUUCCCCAACCUCCCACUGUGGUAAAUGUCUGAUUUCCCAUAAA